GAGAGAGAGAGAGAGAGAGAGAGUAAGAGCAGGAGAGAGAGACAGAGAGAGAGAAAGAGCAGGAGAGAGAGAGAGCAAUCGACGGAACUCUGCAGCCUACACUCCCUCUUCACUGUGAAAGGGAGUCCCGACUGAACUGCCGAACACAAACCCCUCUCCUCUUACACUUCUACUCGUCUGUCCAUCCGUCCAGCCAUUCUCUCCAUCCAUCUGUCCAGGGAGCGGGUCCCCACAAGUGUCCUUGCAACACAGGUCCUCUGCUAGCCAAAAGUCAGAUUUCUUGGGAGGAUAAAACCCUUUGGGGAGGCAGUGAAUCGUCUGUGAAUUUGGGACACAUCGACAGAACUGGAUCCACCUCAGUGUGACAUCACGUCAGGAGGAGGGUCAAAAGAGGGCCGGGACCCCUCGAAGCGUGAGAACGUAAGGAUCCCGCCACCCCUGGCCAACCGGUACUUUACAGCCAUGGCCACCAACAGAGAGCGGCAGGUUGGCCACAUGACCGGCUUCCCACCUGCUGUCUACCCCUUCGCCUUCAACUCCAUCCGCAGCCACUCCCCGUUCGACCUGCUGGCCAACAGCAGUCUGUUCGGCAGGUUUGGGGCGGACCUUCCCAAAGAGAUGGCAGCAUUGUCGGUGGAGACUCAGAGCACUAGCUCUGAGGAGAUGGUGCCCAGCUCGCCCUCUCCUCCCCCGCCACCCCGCAUCUACAAGCCCUGCUUCGUGUGCCAGGACAAGUCCUCCGGCUACCACUACGGGGUCAGCUCCUGUGAAGGCUGCAAGGGCUUCUUCCGUCGCAGUAUCCAGAAGAACAUGGUGUACACCUGCCACCGUGACAAGAACUGCCAGAUCAACAAGGUGACCCGCAACCGGUGCCAGUACUGCCGGCUGCAGAAGUGCUUCGAGGUCGGCAUGUCCAAGGAAGCUGUGCGGAACGACAGGAACAAGAAGAAGAAGGAGGUGAAGGAGGAGGUGAUUCCCCCGGAGAGCUACGAGCUGAGCAGCGAGUUGGAGGAGCUGGUCAACAAAGUGAGCAAAGCGCACCAGGAGACCUGUCCGUCACUCUGCCAGCUGGGGAAAUACACCACCAACUCCAGCGCAGACCACCGUGUGCAGUUGGACCUGGGUCUCUGGGACAAGUUCAGCGAGCUGUCCACCAAGUGCAUCAUCAAGAUCGUGGAGUUCGCUAAGCGCCUCCCGGGAUUCACCUCGCUCACUAUUGCUGACCAGAUCACCCUGCUCAAGUCUGCCUGCUUGGACAUUCUGAUGCUGCGGAUCUGCACCCGUUACACCCCUGAGCAGGACACCAUGACCUUCUCGGACGGUCUGACGCUCAACCGCACGCAGAUGCACAACGCCGGCUUCGGCCCGCUCACCGACCUGGUGUUCGCCUUCGCCGGGCAGCUACUGCCUCUGGAGAUGGACGACACGGAGACAGGGCUCCUCAGCGCCAUCUGCCUCAUCUGUGGAGACCGCAUGGACCUGGAGGAGCCGCAGCGCGUGGACCACCUGCAGGAGCCACUGCUGGAGGCCCUGAAGAUCUACGCUCGGCGUCGGCGCCCCAACAAGCCCCACAUGUUCCCCCGCAUGCUGAUGAAGGUCACUGACCUGCGCGGCAUCAGCACCAAGGGGGCGGAGAGGGCCAUCACUCUGAAGAUGGAGAUCCCAGGCCCCAUGCCGCCACUCAUCCGGGAGAUGCUGGAGAACCCGGAGGCUUUCGAGGACAAGCCCGAGUCUGGGGACAGUGCCGCCGCGGCCGCCCCGCCCCCCGCCACAGUGACCCCUGAGAAGGAGGAGGAGGGCGGGGCCCCUGAGAGCGGCGGGGAGCCCAACUUGGACGACGAUGAUGACGACGAUGAUGAUGACGGAGACGGCGAGGAAGAGCGGGGGGCGGACAGCGAUGGGGAGGCCUGGGGGGCGGCACAGCUCGAGGGCGCGGGGGCCACCAAGAAGAACCAGGGGGGCCGGGCACAGUGAUCAGCGCGGUUACCUGGAACUUCCUGUUCAAGCCCCUCUACCCAUCCCCCUCCCCAAAAAAACCAGCACUGCUUAUUCUCGGUGCCUGUCUCCCUCCCAAUCUAUUUCUCAUUCUGUCGUAGUCCCAACCCCCAAAAAAGGACUGGGGGAGGGCGAGAACAGAUGCCUGGCACAGACCGGGCUGAGAAACACAUGACAGGAAACGAAAUGAAAGCAACAAAAAAAAAAAGAAAUCUCAAACUCGUGACAACAGGGCAAGGGAGGACAAAUGCAGAUGUUUUCAGACAAAAAAAAAAAAACAGCCUUUGCUGUCUUGUUCACAUUACGAAAGAAAAGACAGGAAAUGCCAAAGCGGAGAAGCAUCAGCUUUGAGUUGAGGACUCCCGCUGAAGCACUCACUCAGCACCUCACAGGGCCCUCUCUGAGGUGCAAUGUUUCAGGGAGCCACUAGGGGGUGAAAAAAAACAACAUUUAUUGAAAAAAAAAAAAAACCUGAACUUAAAAUGGUAACCAUGUGUUGUUGAUGCUUUUGACAAUUGAUUUAAUUAGCCAUUAUUUGACACUUUUUUUCAAUUUUUUUGGUUUUAUUAUGGCAUAUGUACACACCCAUAUAUAUCUGUAUACCUAUUAUACAUGUCUCUUUUUUUUGCAUAUUCUUGCUUUAGUAAUGUUUGUGUUUGAAGAGAUUUCUAGGACCCAGGCACAGAGAGGGAACUCAUGAAUCUGAAUCAGGAAAUCAUGAAUCUCCUGCACACCCACCCUCUGACCCCUGGCUGUGGUUUUUGGGUACUUAUAGUAGUCACAGUUUAAAAUUUCUGCCAAACUCAUGUCAACAAGCAUGUCAACGACCCGUUCAAGGAACGAAUGUGCAUUAAACAGGAAACCAGUGUGAGUUUGCAUCGUCUCAUUGGCUGAAUUUCGACGGAAUGUGCAGCCAAUCAGAUGAUGCUGUUGUGCCAAGACAAAUUGGGUUUUUUUUUUACUUCUUUUUUUAUCAAUUGAAGUGUGGAAAAGCAUGUUGCCACACCAGUUGCAGACUAGCUGCAGGCUCUGUGCCCUGCUGGUCUAGUCCGGCCAACAGAAGUUUCCCUUAACCACAGUCACCUUCACCUGUCCACCAGGUUUCCCACUGUACUCUAAUGGCUUCCUUAAGGCCACCAUUUUAAGUUUCUGCUGUUGGCUAUAGCUUCUGCCCUGUCAAGGGUCUGCAGUGUUGGGCAGCAUAGAAAAUGGGAAUGCAGCAGCUUCUGCAUGCAGGACGAGGAUGCUGGCUGUUGUUGGCGUACAGUGGUGUACAAAACAUUGGGCAACCCUGGUCAAAAAGCUUUUUACAAUUAAUAUCUCAGUGUACAGACGUGUACCUGGCUUCUAAAUGGUACAAAGUUAAACAUAACACAUUUCUUCAAAUUUUAAAGCAAGAUUACUUUUUAUUUAAAAAGUUUACAGUAUCAAAAUAAUAAAAAAAAAGGAAAAAGGUUUGGGAACCCUGUCAGUUAGUACUUUGUCUUGCUCAGGGACACUUUGACACACCCAGUGUGGCCUGCGGGGGUCAGCACUGGUUCAGAAGGUGAGAGCAGUCGUCUUGGGCCAUUCUAUUUGAAAUCUUUCUUGUUCUUCCAGACCUUGCCUUGACUUCAACUGUUCCAUUCAUUUUCAAUUUUCUAAUUAUGGAAAUAGGUAGUUUGAAACAAUGAGAGUUUUUGUAACAAAUAAUAAUCCAUAGGGCCCUUUUCCUUUUUUAUAUCAUUUAUAAGCAGUCAAAAUUAAAUUAAAUUAAAUUAAAAGCAAUCAUGCUUUAAUAUUUGCAGAAAGCUCUCAUGUUUAACUCUGUACCAUUUAGAGUUCAGGUUUGCUUUCGAUCACAUACAAAUUCAUUGUAACAGACAUUUAAACCUGGGGUGCCCAAAUGUUUUCACCCCACUGUAUGUGCUGUUCACUGUGUUAGAGAGACUGACACACAAUCAAAGUCAUCAUGCAUACUGCUGGGUUCUUAUUUAAGUCAGAAGAUUGUUGUUGUGUUUACCGCCAGUUUAGACCAGGGGACUCUUGCAAAUCACAGACUCAGGGCUUCUCUGUAAGGACCAAACCCCCACAGCCCAUGGGCAUGCUGGGAAGGGCAAUAACCCGGGUGCGCGGGUAGGUUCCACCACCUGCGUCACCAUGGAAACCACAGGUAAAUCUAUGAAAAGGAGACAGCCAUCUAUGAUUCUCUGUCUGAGUGGGCAAUGCCAAUAUAUGCACGUGUGACUGUGGGCACGUGUGUGUGUGAGUGAAUGUGGGUGCGUGUGUGUAUGGGUGUGUAUGUGUGUGUGUGUGUGUGUGUAUAUGCAGCUGUGCACGCAUCCUUUGUUCGAUGAGUGUUACUACUAAGUAGAACAGUAUGGAUUAAUGCCCUAAUCCUCACACAUUAGAAAAGCUCAGAAAAUGGUGAACAACAUAAUUAAUAAUAGAGCAUCACUAAUUUGAAAAAAAAGACUCUGGUUUGAGCCGAUGUGAUAUGGCCCUAUGGCCCUUGUAUUUGGUCUCUCUGUUUAUCCAUAGAACUGAGUAAAACCAGUCCCUCCAUUCUGUUUAUUUGGCAGGGAUCAGUCUCUCAGUGGUAAGAGUGUUAGCACACAGGAAAUACAUUUUCACCUCAAUGCCACGUAACAACCAAGAUAGUCUACUGUCUGUUGGGUAAAUAAUGCGAGAUGGGGAGUAAAGGUUCUGGAAUAACAUAAAAUCUAAAACAAAAUGAUAAUUAGCUUUGAUAACAGCACCCCUACAUAGCUAUAAGGACAUAAAGGAGCAGUGUUCCUUUGCUCCUGGAUUCUUUUCCAAAGGGAGAAGCAUAGUAAUCUUCAAUGAAAGCUAUAUUUAGCAUAACAUGUAUACGACGUCUGGGUGUGUGAGUCUGUGUGUGUCUGUGUGUGUCUGCGUAUGCUGCCUUUCAGACUUUGCAACAAAUAACAAAAGAAAGAAAUUGGAGCCGUGGCCAUACUUCAUAUUUUUAGAGGGGAGCGUAUUAGCAAUACUAACAUUUACAAUGACUUAAGAAUGCAGUAAUAAUUUGAAAGUGUUCAGAGAUAUGUUAAUGUAGCCAUGUAGCACAGUGCUGGAAAGCUCAGGAAGUCCAAGGAAUCAAAGAUUGUACAGGCUAAAACAAACCUAUUCGAGAACUAGAGCACUCGGUAAAAUUUAAUUCGUUGUUUGAUAACAGAUAUGCGUAUGCAAUUUAUUUUAAAACAGGGAUUUUAUGGAAUAAGCUCUUACGGUCUUUAUAGCCUUUCGGUUGUCGCAGUGUUAAUCAGUCCUGCACUGUAAUGAACAAGCCGGAUAGUUCACACUAUAGUAGCCUGCAGAUCCAGAUCGCUGUUCACGAAAGAACUUAAUCUGAUAACUCGGAAUGUGUUUGUUUUGUCCUUCAUUUAGUUUUUUCUACGCUUUCAUCGUUUUGUCGGUAGCCUAUUCUCUUUGUAGUCAAAAGCUUACGGAUAUUUUGGGGGUCUUUAAAAAAAAGGGUUAGACUCGCUUUUGCGAAUGUACCAGGCUUCCAUUUAAAGAUGUAUUACUUAAUGUUGGCGUUUUUUUAUUUUAUAUAUUACUGUAUUAUUAUAAUUAUAAUUAUUAUUGUUGUUAUUAUUGUAACUUUUUGUCUAAAAGUCAGAUAGAUUAGAACUGCAAAUUCAGGGAUUUCAAAAAAAAGCCUUUCUUCUGUGUUUGUUUGUUUCUAGAAAAACGUGAAGUCCCUAGUUUGUUGGUUUGAUCAUGAAAUACACGGUAUUGUGUUGUUGCUUGUGUUCUCUAAACUCUGGCUCGUUUUUGUAUGUUUCUUAUGUGCCUUUGUAUUCCUCUGGCAGCAUUGGUGUCUGUUUGUACAGAGCUGAUAUGUGCCAGCAAUGGACUGAUGUUAUCUCUCACAGCAAUUACAGUCAAAUAUGCAAAUUGUAAUAAUGCUACUGUUCGGAUUUCUUCCGUUUAUCCACUCUGUUCACACCAAACCAAAAAUCUGACGGUUGUGUUCUCUCCGGAAGCUGAUGUCCCUCCCCUUUUCCCCUUGGACAUUUUACCAAUGUUAUGAUUUUAUAAAGAAAUGUUUCACUGAAAA